UAUAAUUUUUUCCGUUUAACUUCAGCCGGAGAAAUUUCUCAAAGGGGAUUGGCGGGUGAUUCUCUCGAGACUGCUUCGUCUCUCCUCCUUGGCUUCCAUUUCAUAUGGUCAUCAUAGAAAGCUCGAAUUCCACAUCGAGUAGAUUCCGAAUUGUAAGCACCCAUUUGAUGGUCUGAUCUGAUAUUCUUCUGGGUUUCGAAUUAUCCAAUUUUUCAGGCUUCAAAUCGAUGAAACCCGGAAUUUCAUUUUUGAUAGGGUUGAAGGCAGCAGCCUUGUUCUCUCUAUUUCUAUUUCUCAGAUUCUAUGGCUUCCGAUUGUUAUCGUUUCAAUUCUUGUACGCGUCUCUAGUUUCUCUCUUGGUUUCAGUCGCUUCUCUCCCAUCCAUCAAUCUUCCGCUGCUUUUGGGGAAGAGAACAGAUGGGAGUUUUCCGAUUUGGUCGAUCGUCAUCUUCAGCCCAUUUUUGUUUUUCGUCCGAUUUCUUCCUUCAUUGAGGGGAUUGUACCGUAGGGACGAUCCUUACUCUGAAAUUUGUGAGGGUAUAUUCGUUGGGGGGUGGCCUAGUUCUCCUGAUAGAUUGCCUCCUUGCAACCCUGCCAUUUUAGAUUGUACUUGUGAGUUGCCUCGAUGUUUGGAGGUCUCUGGGCCAAGUUAUUUGUGUAUCCCAACUUGGGACACUCGCUCUCCUCAGCCAGAAAAUAUUGAAUCGGCUGUUCGAUGGGUUUGUAGAAAGAGAGAGCAGAAGAGGCCAGUGUUCAUCCAUUGUGCUUAUGGUCAUGGAAGAAGCGUCGCGGUUACAUGUGCAGUGUUAGUGGCUCUAGGAGAGGCAGAAGAUUGGAAAAAUGCUGAGAAGUUGAUAAAAGAGAAACGACCUUGCAUUCGGAUGAAUUCGUCUCAUCGCAAAGCCUUGGAAGAAUGGUCCAAACAUCGGCUAUCUGCUCCGACGAAGAAGAGAGAUAACGAUGUCAGUUCUAUGCUUCUUUCUGGUGGCUGAGGAGCAAAAGGAUGAAUCUAAAAGGGGCACAUGUAACUAUAGUAAUCUUGCUUAUUGCUUGAGAUGGUAAUUUGAUGUCAUGAAUGAACUUUGAGUGCUGAUACUGAAGCAAGAACCUCCAAUUUUUCCAUUUUGAAUUCAGCCCUUUAAUUUGUGUGCCCUCACACCAAAAUUGUUAGUUCAGGCUUGAAGGCUAGUAGUUAUACUUAUAUAGACAUGAGCAUACAAACUGCUCAAACUUAUGAAACUGUAUCAUGAAGUAGCUAUUUGAAUUUAAA